AUGCCAGCACAACUCACUGAGCGCCCUGGGGGAGACGAUGACCCACCAGGGGCGAAAGACCACAGACGUCUUCGAAACCGUCUUGCUCAAAGGACGACGAGAGAGCGGAGGGCCGCAUAUAUUCAACAUUUGGAGAAGCAAGUGGCAUCGUAUCAACGAGAGGAUGCAAACUCGCAAAUACAGGACCUAAUGAAAGAAGUGGCCGAGCUCCGUGGAGCAUUGCAGAAAGCGCGAAGUAAACUUCUCAGCCUUGCCGCGACAGCAAAUUCUUCGGCUGAAUCUUUGGCAUCGCAUCUCCUUCUCAAGGCCGCAACGCAAGAUCAGGAUGUGCUCCAACCGUCGACUGAAGAUCCAGACUGUAUGGUUAACGACAAGGACGAUUCUCCAGAUGACGAGCACUCCGAAACGGCCAACAUUGGGUGCCUAGACAAGGCACCAGAGGAGAAGAGAGAACACCCAGAGCCGACCGCCCAAAACAGCAGCAGCCUAGCACUGUCUGUGUCGUCCUCGCUCGGACAUCAGGCAGCGCAGUCAAUCUGUACAACGGUACAAUGCCAGCGAGACGAAGUUGCGGAAGGGUUGGAAUCUUCGUCAUUCGAUUUCUCGGAAGACGUAACGACUCUGACUUUCCCGCAUACAUCGGAUAACCCAGACGCAUUGGAUUCGGAAUUGAUGGGCACAGCUACGGCCAGUGAUGAGACCUGGAGUGCCUACGAUCCCACCUGCUUCGGUAACAAUUUUUCAUCUGUUACGACCAUGACAACGAUGAAUGGCAAAGACACGGGAUGCUCGGCUGGCACUUCUGUGUUUUCAGCUCACCUGGAUUGCAUAAUAAACAUUCUUCGACGAGGGGGCAUUGCACGCCAACACACCCGGGCCCCGGAACUGAUGGACGCCAUGAUUGACGGAUUUUUCGAGGAAUGCUGGCCCAGCAUGAAGAACUGGCUCGAGAUCACAGACUCCUACACGACUAUCCGAUGGGUGCUGUGGUGGCAAGUGACACGUACCGCCGAAGCCUCAGCUGAUAUUCCCGCUACGAAUACACCCACGCCUGUCCAGAUUGCCCUUCCCCAUCUCUCUGCCAUCGACUGGAUUCCCUUUCCAAGUAUCCGCAACAAUUUGAUACUGUCGGACGGUUAUGACAUCGACCAAGUCUUCCGCAACCUGCAUAAGUCGUUUGUACUGCAGAAUGAAUUCCCCAUUCGAGAUGGAUUCGCUGCCCGGUCGUACAAAAGCGUAACCGGUCUUGUUCAGACCGCGUUACGAACCACUCUCGAUCCAUCCGAUCCAGCAGGCUAUGGAGCGGCCCACGACCUGUGGAGCGAAGGGCCGCUAAAACGAACCAAAGCGGCAACGAGUGCUUAUUGCCAGCAACUGAUAAAUUUUGGCCGAUGGGUGCUGAAACUGGAUCCAAGUUUCUUCGUGAAAUACCCCGGCCUUUAUGAUCCGUCUAUAGUGGCAGAGGGAAUUUGUUUGGACCUUGUCAACGCACCGGACGUGCCACCACCGAGGCCUCUCGACAUGAAUGCAGUGAACACUUACGCUAGUUUGCUGUUAAAAGACCAGAAUUAUCGCACGUACGGAAUGGACUUGAGGAUCCAUCACACGCCGACGCAAAGAAAGAGGUAA